GUAAGAGAGAAGGGGAAGAAAUGCAGCAGGGCCAGGAGACACUGAACAUCUCAGGGGCUGGUAAACACUGCCAGCCUUUCCCGGAGCUCUCCUGGCAGGACCUGGAGAAGUAGCCUAACGAAUUCAGACCUGAGGCCAGAAGAGAACGGAGCCCUGAAGAAAUGGUCAGGACGCAGAAUUGAGCGGGAGGAUGUGGGGGCUCAAGGUUCUGCUGCUGCCCAUGGUGAGCUUUGCUGUGUACCCUGAGGAGAUCCUGGACACCCAGUGGGAGCUGUGGAAGAAGACCUACCGGAAGCAGUAUAAUAGCAAGGUGGAUGAAAUCUCUCGGCGUUUAAUUUGGGAAAAAAACUUGAAGUAUAUUUCCAUCCACAACCUUGAGGCCUCUCUCGGUGUGCACACGUAUGAACUGGCCAUGAACCACUUGGGGGACAUGACCAGUGAAGAGGUGGUUCAGAAGAUGACAGGUCUGAGAGUACCUCCCUCGGAUUCCCGGGAUAACGACACCCUCUAUAUCCCUGACUGGGAGGGUAGAGCCCCAGACUCCAUCGAUUAUCGAAAAAAGGGAUACGUCACACCUGUCAGAAACCAGGGUCAGUGUGGUUCCUGUUGGGCUUUUAGCUCUGUGGGUGCCCUGGAAGGCCAGCUCAAGAAGAAGACUGGAAAACUCUUAAAUCUGAGUCCCCAGAACCUGGUGGAUUGUGUGUCUGAGAAUGAUGGCUGCAGAGGGGGCUAUAUGACCAAUGCCUUUCAGUAUGUGCAGAAGAACCGGGGCAUCGACUCUGAAGAUGCCUACCCGUACGUGGGACAGGAUGAAAAUUGUAUGUACAGCCCGACAGGCAAGGCGGCUAAAUGCCGAGGCUACAGAGAGAUCCCUGUGGGCGAUGAGAAAGCGCUGAAGAGGGCAGUGGCCCGAGUGGGCCCCAUCUCUGUGGCCAUUGAUGCAAGCCUGACCUCCUUCCAGUUUUACAGCAGAGGUGUGUAUUACGAUGAAAGAUGCAAUAGCGAUAACCUGAACCACGCGGUUCUGGCAGUGGGGUACGGGACCCAGAAGGGGAACAAGCACUGGAUAGUUAAAAACAGCUGGGGAGAAUACUGGGGAAACAAAGGCUAUAUCCUCAUGGCCCGGAAUAAGAACAGCGCCUGUGGCAUUGCCAACCUGGCCAGCUUCCCCAGGAUGUGACUCCAGCCAGCCACCCGCAUCCCACCCUUCCAUUCCUUCCACGUUGGCGCGUUGUACUCACGUACUUCGGAAGGGAGUUGGUGUGCCUUUCUUGAAGCAGAUGUGUUCAGUUUCCGUAUUUGUGUCUCAGGUGACACUCUUAUUACUUCCUUCUCUCACCCAAGGCCUUUAUUUUCUUCACUGUGGCCCCAGCAGGAAUAUCCCCGACAGGUGUGCAUUCUUAGGCUGAGAAAUGUGACCACAGCCUGCCCUGACUGUGUUGUCCUGGGCCUGAUGCUGUGCAGGUACUUAGAGCCUGGAGAACUUCAGAUCGGCCGGAUUCUCAUUCGCUAGGACUAGUUAGCUUUAAAAACCCUAGAGGACUAAGGUCACCUGACUUCUCAGUUUCCAAGCUCCCUUGUUCUGUAUCAUCAAGGUAAAACUUGCUGUGUUUUUCACCCCAAUUCAUAAGUCCAUUCAUAAAUGUUUGCUGCAAGUCUACAUGAUGCCAGAAAUGUGUUUUCUUUUUCUUCCUUUGCAUUUUUUGAAAUAAACUAAGCAUUUAUCUCUUGUCUUCAAUUUAAUAAAUAGCUAUUUAAUUAACAUAUA